AUGGGAUGGUACGACGGCGGGCACAAGGUACUCGACGAGGAAUACAGCGUGCGGCUGGGCGAGAACGUGUUGGUCGCGGGCAUUGCGUUUGCGCUCUUUUGGGCCUCUUUUGGCCUGUCCUGGUACCUCUCGCAUCGACGUGUGCCUGAGUUUGCCAGCUUCUCGAGAGCUCAUAAAGCGGACUGGUGUUCCCGCGUGAACUCGACCAUCCACGCGGUCGUCAUUGUGGUUGGCGUUGCAGUUGCACUGGCCCAUAUCACGUGGGCUGACGGGUUUUUGCCCAUGUCGUCGAUCCGAGCAGCGAGCUUCAUCUUCUCGAUCGCGAUCGGCUACUUUCUGUGCGAUCUGAUCAUUAUCAUCGUAUGGCCUGUGCCGAUGCAGUGGGUCUUUAUUGUCCACCACCUUGUCGCAGUCAUUCCCUACUUCAUCAACAACUUUAUCUCGUGCUGCGCCGCCUGCCAGUUUGGUUUGCUGCUCUUCUUGCUGGUCGAGCUCGCCACGCUGCCGCUCAAUGCUCGUGGAUUUCUCGACGCCCGCGACCGCCAAGACUCGCGGCAUUACAUGCGCUCGAUCUACGCCACGUACGUCGUGUGGGGCCUCUCCCGCACGGCACUGCCGCUCUUUGUCAUGUACGCCUUUUGGGCGUACGCGUUCCCGUCGGACCGCAAUCACGACACGUGCUUUUUCCCCAACCUCGUGAGCGCGCACCUCAUUGCGCUCUUUUGCAUUGGCGUCUUUGUCUUUGUGCACACGCCCGAGCUGAUUCGGCUCCGCCGCGAACACGGCUACGCGCCAAGUCCUGCAGCUGAUUCGUCGCAUGACGACGAGGCAGUGCACACGGACGACGCCGAUGGGAUCAUUGGCUCGGACGUGGCGGACGCGUUUAGCUUGAAAGCCCACGGGCCCAGCAGUAGUAUCCGCAGCCUCACGCUGUCGCUCUCUCGGUCCAAAGAGCCGCCCGUGGCCGACGACUCGUACGACGCUGUUGAACUGGGCGUCAUGCCCCGCAGCGCUCGAGAAGGUCCCGAGACGUCGUCGACGUAG